GUAGCCUAACCAAGCCACACCUACCCUGCUGCUGACUGUUCAUUUAAUACAAGAUGGUGUUGUUAUCCUAUAAAGAAUCAGUAGUUUGGUUAGGAAUUGGACCUUUUGAGGCUUUCCUCCAUUCAUCUGGUGGCCUGGUGUUCUUAUUACUACUAACUCUACGGGUUGAGUCAGUUAUCCUCCUCUCCUGGUCCGCUAUAUUCAUUCCUUUGUAUGUCUCUCUGGCCCUUGACUCUUACUACAGUCUCUGUCAGGCUACAAGGAUAAUAUCAUAUGUUGUACAGAACAAGAGGAAUAUAUUGUUUACAGUUAUACACCUUUUCCUGUUGCUCUGGCGUAUUGGUCUCUUACUCUACAUUGAGGUCAUCAUUCCUCGUGUCCUGGAAGACUCAAUACCAUCAACUUCUCUCAUUCCACCGUUUCUGUUUGCUAUAUCGUAUCUAACACUUCGUCUGUUCCCUGUCCUGAGGCUAGUCAAGAGCAGUGACCCUGACUAUGAUGACUGAUAAUUUAUAAUGUGUCCCUUUAUAUUUUUAUUUUUAAUAUAAACUUAUUGAUAGAUCUUCAUUCAUUGCA